AUGUCUAGCAGAGAAUACUUAAAAGAGAUGGGACUGGCCGUUAAGGAAUCGAAAUCGCGUGGACGAUUCCUGGUAACGGAGAAACUGAUUCCUGAGGGAACCACCAUUAUGGAAUGCAUGCCACUUAGUUGGGCUGUCACAAAUGAGUGUGCGACUUCCAUCUGCCAUCAUUGCUUGAAAAGCUUCGAAAAAACUCCUUGCUGCGAAUCUGCCAAGUCGAUGACUGGAAACGUCACAAACUGGAGUGCAGUUGGAUGA